AUGGCAUUACUGAAGGAUCCAGAAAAGCCAGCAAGGGCAUUACUGAAGGAUCCAGAGAGGCCAGCUAGGGUAUUACUGAAGCAUCCAGAAAAGCCAGCUAGGGCAUUACUGAAGGAUCCAGAAAAGCCAGCUAGGGCUUUACUGAAGCAUCCAGAAAAGCCAGCUAGGGCAUUACUGAAGGAUCCAGAAAAGCCAGCUAGGACAUUACUGAAGGAUCCAGAAAAGCCAGCUAGGGCAUUACUGAAGGACCCAGAAAAGCCAGCUGGGGCAUUACUGAAGGACCCAGAAAAGCCAGCAAGGGCAUUACUGAAGGACCCAGAGAGGCCAGCUACAGCAUUACUUAAGGAUCCAGAUAAGCCAGCUAGGGCAUUACUGAAGGACCCAGAGAGGCCAGCUACAGCAUUACUGAAGGAUCCAGAAAAGCCAGCUAGGGCAUUACUGAAGGACCCAGAGAGGCCAGCUACAGCAUUACUGAAGGAUCCAGAAAAGCCAGCUAGGGCAUUACUGAAGGAUCCAGAAAAGCCAGCUAGGGCAUUACUGAAGGAUCCAGAAAAGCCAGCAAGGGCAUUACUGAAGGACCCAGAGAGGCCAGCUACAGCAUUACUGAAGGAUCCAGAUAAGCCAGCUAGGGCAUUGCUGAAGGACCCAGAAAAGCCAGCUAGGGCAUUACUGAAGGACCCAGAAAAGCCAGCUAGGGCAUUACUGAAGGAUCCAGAAAAGCCAGCAAGGGCAUUACUGAAGGACCCAGAGAGGCCAGCUACAGCAUUACUGAAGGAUCCAGAAAAGCCAGCUAGGGCAUUACUGAAGGACCCAGAAAAGCCAGCUAGGGCAUUACUGAAGGACCCAGAAAAGCCAGCUAGGGCAUUACUGAAGGAUCCAGAAAAGCCAGCAAGGGCAUUACUGAAGGACCCAGAAAAGCCAGCUACAGCAUUACUGAAGGAUCCAGAAAAGCCAGCUAGGGCAUUACUGAAGGACCCAGAAAAGCCAGCAAGGGCAUUACUGAAAAAUCCAGAAAAGCCAGCAAGGGCAUUACUGAAGGAUCCAGAAAAGCCAGCAAGGGCAUUACUGAAGGACCCAGAGAGGCUAGCUACAGCAUUACUGAAGGAUCCAGAUAAGCCAGCUAGGGCAUUACUGAAGGACCCAGAAAAGCCAGCUAGGGCAUUACUGAAGAAUCCAGAAAUGCCAGCAAGGGCAUUACUGAAAAAUCCAGAAAAGCCAGCAAGGGCAUUACUGAAGGAUCCAGAAAAGCCAGCUAGGGUAUUACUGAGGGACCCAAAAAAGCCAGCAAGGGCAUCACUGAAGGAUCCAGAAAAGCCAGCUAGGGCAUUACUGAAGAAUCUAGAAAAGCCAGCUAGGGCAUUACUGAAGGAUCCAGAAAAGCCAGCUAGGGAAUUACUGAAGGAUCCAGAAAAGCCAGCUAGGGCAUUACUGAAGGAUCCAGAAAAGCCAGCAAGGGCAUUACUGAAGGAUCCAGAAAAGCCAGCUAGGGUAUUACUGAAGGACCCAGAAAAGCCAGCUAGGGCAUUACUGAAGGAUCCAGAAAAGCCAGCUAGGGUAUUACUGAAGGACCCAGAAAAGCCAGCUAGGGCAUUACUGAAGGAUCCAGAAAAGCCAGCUAGGGCAUUACUGAAGGAUCCAGAAAGUCAGCUAGGGCAUUACUGA